GCCGCCGCCGCCACCGCCACCGCCACCGCCACCGGAGGAGGAGGACAGGAGGAGGAGCUGAUAGUUUAGCGCAGUCGCGGCAGUGCGAAGGCCACGAUCCUCGGGUCAUAGCUUAGCCCGGCCACUACCAGGAGCAUCCAUUCCUUCUGCGAGGCCCGAAGGCGGCCGACAGUCGCCACCUCCUUCUCGUGGCCUCCUUCCUCCUCCCGCUCCUCCCCGCUCCUCCUCCUCCCCGAGCCGAAGGAGCUGCGAGAUGCUGCGCCUCUGACUCUCUUCCGCCGGCCCCUGUCACCGAGAGGGGGGACGAGCCCUCGCCCACUCCCGGGAGGAGACGGCCCUGGACUCCCCGACCCCACCGGCGAAACCAUGAGCGCCGUUCAGCAGCAGCCGCCGCCCCCGCGGAGGGUCACCAACGUGGGGUCCCUGCUGCUCACCCCGCAGGAGAACGAAUCCCUCUUCACCUUCCUCGGCAAGAAAUGUGUGACAAUGUCUUCAGCAGUGGUACAGUUAUAUGCAGCAGAUCGGAACUGUAUGUGGUCAAAGAAGUGUAGUGGUGUUGCUUGUCUUGUUAAAGACAAUCCACAGAGAUCAUAUUUUUUAAGAAUAUUUGAUAUCAAGGAUGGGAAACUAUUGUGGGAACAAGAACUAUACAAUAACUUUGUAUAUAAUAGUCCUAGAGGAUAUUUUCAUACUUUUGCUGGAGAUACUUGUCAAGUUGCUCUUAAUUUUGCCAAUGAAGAAGAAGCAAAAAAAUUCCGAAAAGCAGUUACAGACUUGUUGGGUCGACGACAAAGGAAAUCUGAGAAAAGACGAGACCCUCCAAAUGGUCCUAAUCUACCCAUGGCAACAGUUGACAUAAAAAAUCCAGAAAUUACAACAAAUAGAUUUUAUGGUUCACAAGUCAACAAUAUUUCCCAUACCAAAGAAAAGAAAAAAGGAAAAGCUAAAAAAAAAAGAUUAACAAAGGCAGACAUUGGAACACCAAGUAAUUUCCAGCACAUUGGACAUGUUGGUUGGGAUCCAAAUACUGGCUUUGAUCUGAAUAAUUUGGAUCCAGAAUUGAAGAAUCUUUUUGAUAUGUGUGGAAUCUCAGAGGCACAACUUAAGGAUAGAGAAACAUCAAAAGUUAUAUAUGACUUCAUUGAAAAAACAGGCGGUGUUGAAGCUGUUAAAAAUGAACUGCGAAGGCAAGCACCACCUCCACCACCACCAUCAAGAGGCGGGCCGCCGCCUCCUCCACCGCCCCCACAUAGCUCAGGACCUCCCCCUCCUCCUGCCCGGGGAAGAGGUGCUCCUCCACCACCACCUUCAAGAGCUCCCACAGCUGCGCCGCCGCCGCCACCUCCAUCCAGACCAGGCGUAGGCGUCCCUCCACCACCACCAAAUAGGAUGUACCCUCCUCCUCCUCCAGCCCUUCCCUCCUCCGCACCUGCAGGACCUCCACCACCGCCUCCACCUUUGUCAAUGACAGGGUCAAUAGCACCACCCCCACCGCCUCCACCUCCACCUCCACCCGGGCCUCCGCCUCCUCCUGGCCUCCCCUCUGAAGGCGACCAUCAAGUUCCAACUCCUGCAGGAAACAAAGCAGCUCUUUUAGAUCAAAUUAGAGAGGGUGCUCAGCUAAAAAAAGUGGAACAGAACAAUCGGCCAGUGUCCUGCUCUGGAAGGGAUGCACUUUUAGACCAAAUACGACAGGGCAUUCAGCUGAAAUCUGUGUCUGAUGGCCAAGAGUCUGCACCUCCAACACCUGCCCCCACUUCAGGAAUUGUAGGUGCAUUAAUGGAAGUGAUGCAGAAAAGGAGCAAAGCCAUUCAUUCUUCAGAUGAAGAUGAGGAUGAAGAUGAUGAAGAAGAUUUUGAGGAUGAUGAUGAAUGGGAAGACUGAUCUAUAUAUUAUAUAUAUAUUUUUAUGGUGAAAUACUAAACACUACUUUCUGUCUAUGGAUUCUGUAAUUAUCAUGUAAAUGUUCUACCAAUUUGCUGUAUAUUUUUGUUGCCUUUUUGCUUUUUUUUAUUAAUCUGUGCAAUACCUCAUUUAAUCUGUAAAGGUUUGUCAUAAUCCUCUACAAAGCUACUCCCUGUUGUUGUGUGCAAGUUUACACCAGGAUGCUCACUUAAUUUGAGAAUAUUUUUCAUUCCAUCAACAAGGGAGUUUAAAUAUUAUAUGUGAGACUGACAAAAAACCUUAAUGUAAUUUAGUUAUAAUGCCAGAAGGAAAACACUAUUUUCAUACCCUACUUUUUCUGUACCUAAAUUUUCUUAUUAAAAUCUAGUAUAGCACUACAUUCUUUUUUAAGUGAUACAAACUUUAUUUAGCCCCUUCAUUUUGUACACAAUGCUGAAUGUUGAAGCUGAUACAUUGCACAGUUUUCUGAAUAUGGCUAUACUGAUGCAAUUUCUCAGUUGUAAGCUAUAUGCUCUCCAUAAAAUCACUACAGGGAUGCUAGUUGGGAAAAUCAGUAACACACGUCUUAACAGCAAUGUUGCCUGUUACUGUAUGACAGUGGCAUUUGGAGGCUAGAAUCAUAAGGAACCCUUACAAUAUCUGUACUUGACUGAGAUAGCUUUUAGUAAAUGUGACCAAUACUUUUUGACAAAAAUUUUAAAAAAAGAAAAUUUUGGAAUUAUUCUGAAGCAGGUUGUUUAAGUUGGUGGAAGGAGGAGGCAUUUCCAUUUUCUGUCAGCUAAAAGAUGCAAUACAUAUGGUUGCUUUACUAUUUAGCUAAAUAUACUGUAAUUCAGAACAUUAUGAAAAUGAUACAGAAGUUCCUACUUUGCCAUUUAUAUCAGUUAAAGUAUUCAGAUUUACCAAUUAAUGAAAUUUUAGUUGGCAAAGGUAUACAUUGUAAUGUGAGCCUAUUGUGCUAUUUUUCUUUAAUUUUGACAAUUACUCUAGGUUUUUGUCAAAUGUCAGGUGAAGGGAUACAUUUUUUAAAAGAUUGGUGGUCCCAAUGUAAAAUUUCUUGAACAUAUAAAUGAAUGAUAGAAUUUUCCAAAAUAAAUAAAUGAAACUUUACGGCCUGUAUGUUAUAUAUACUAAAUGAUUUGUUAAAAACUAGGGUUUCCUUGCCUCUCUACAAUACACUAAUCUGCCUGAAGGUGAUUGUUUCAUAUUUAUAGCACUAAUUAUCAAAUCUACCUACUUUAAAUUUUAAGGUAGAAAAAUAAUCUGAUUUAAGUAAAGACAUAUUUUUCUCACAUUGAGUCAUAUACAGAAUGUAGUUCCAAAUGUAUUUCAUUACUAUAGUCACAUUAUCCAACUAAAAUUUAAGCUCUCUAGAAUUGUACUGACCAAAAUCUAGUAUUGGCGUGAUCUUGACAGGCUGGACCUGCAAGAUAUGGCUUGAAUUUUAACCAGUUAUCACAUAAUCUCUAGUGAUCAUACAUCUAGUCAUCAUAAGAAGUAAUUUAAAAGGUUUGGGGGCCGAAAGCAGUAAGUGGUACAGUAAAAUAAUUAAGUUAUUCAAAGACGUUGCCUUCCUUGAGAGAAUUAAUUAAUUUAAGCACAUGGAAAAGAUUCUAGACAUUUGGUUUCUUGCUAAAACAGUGCCCUCUGCUGCUGGAAACCUUUCUCUGCUAUUAUUUUAAUUGUGGCUUCAGCUCAGUGAGUUUGGUGUGGAUAAGGUUGGACAGCUAUUAGCCAGUAAUAGUUAGGAAUUUGUGCAAAGUGUGAAAUAAACACUGCAGUUAUUUUAUAUAAUACUAAAGUUUUUUUUCUUUAGACAUUGUAAAGAAGCAUUUUAAAUAUCCUUAAGUGUCUUUAAGGUAAUGCCAAUUCAAGACGUCUCAACUUUUAGCCAAGAAAUUGAAGGUUUUCAGCUAACUUUAGUAUGAUUACUCAUCAGAAACUUCUUUUAGGUAAAGCUGUAAAUUUUUCUUAAUUGGAAACACAAUUUUAAACAAUGGGUUUAAAACUUGCUAACGGUAAAUGAAUUUAUUUCUUAAAAAGGAAAGGAAAGGAAAAAAAAGGAAAGGGGAAAAAAAAGACUUUCUGUUGCACAAAGUCUGAAUCACUAUUGGUUGAUUCACAGCAACUUUAAACUUCAGUCCUGGCAUGAGGACUAAAUCCAUUCUGACAUAAAGGUUGCAUGUUUCAGUCUUCCAUCACCUUGCACUGUGGGCAGCACUAGACCUGUGCUUUGUCUGAAAGCCUCCCAUAUAUAUUACAGCUCAAUGAUGUCUGAUAGCCUUUGCAUUUAACAGACUAGCAUGAGGCUUUUUAUAUCUAAAUGCUAUGUGAUAGACAAUUUCAGCUAGCCACAUACUGUAUGUAUGAGAUUCAUAGACUUUCAAUCAUUUCCAUUUAUCAGCUGAAAUUUUGUUUAGUAUGUGAAUUUUUUUUUUUUGAAAUGUAUAGUGAAUAGGAUGUUGCACUGGUGGCAAUUCAUCAUGGAGCAUAAUAAAAUGAAUUUGACCCAAAUAGUACAAA